GUACGCUUCACAACGGGUCAUCUCCUAUUCUUCUUUACGUUGCUAGACUCCAGCAGUCACUCUGAAAUAAAAACCAACCAACCAACCAACUCUCCUGUAAUAGUGUGGAUCAGGACUAUCCUGUCGUUCCGUGCAUUCUAUCCGUAUCUCCCGGACCAGAACUUGCUGCUGUUCUCUGGACAAGCCAGUCACCUCACUUGUUUUGGCUACCAUUGUGGUCGAAAAAGUACAGCCAAUUCCCAGAGACUCGGUUGGCUGUUUGACACUGCACUAGUUGUCACGUUCGUAAUGUCUUCCUCAAGGAACACGUCAGAAGCAGAAGGCCGCCAAGGGAUGACGGGAGCUCAACUACCCAGCUACACGACGCAGUAUUUUCCGCCGUUGGACUCACAACGUCCAAAGAUGCCUACUGUACAGGCAUUCGAUGGGACAUAUCAACAGGCACAGACAGGGCUGCAAGCUGCAGAGACAUAUGUCGGUCCAGUACAGCCUGAUCCCAACAAUAGCUUAACUCAGCCUAUUGCAAACCAACCGCAGCCUGUUGGUCAGCAGCACAGCCUUAUUGGACAACCUAUCAACACUGGUGGCUUCAGUAAUAUUGUGGGGCUUAGACCAUCAUUAGUGGAGUCAACACUGGGUCUCCCACCACAGCCUCAACCAACCAUUGGUCUUAUGUCAUCACCAGCACAAUUUCCGAUUCUCUACAGCCAGGAAAUGAGUCACCUCUUCCAUGCCACUGCUAGCAGCUAUCUGCCGAGUAGUGUCCCAGCAAUGCACGGCAGUAUGGCCAGCUCUAACCAUCCUGCGGAAAUGCACGCCGGCUUUCCACAGACCCCACUGAACCAUCUAGCACAAGGCGUCGAGUAUCAACCGGAAAACCCCUCUGCCCCUCCACUGUUUGGCGGACAUCCCAGAAAUCUGUGCGAAUGGCGUGUAAACAACGGUCUACAAUUGUGUGGGUUGGCUUUCUAUAGUGUCACCGAACUAGCGCAGCACAUAAGCAACGUUCAUCUCCAGCAACAGGAAACUACCGAAAAGGAGGAUGGCAACGUGCACAUCUGCCACUGGGACCAGUGUUCACGCAAGAGAGGAUUUAAAGCUAAGUACAAGCUUGUCAACCAUAUACGAGUUCAUACAGGUGAAAAACCCUUUGUCUGCAAACAUCAAGACUGCACACGCAAAGCAUUCGCAAGAUCCGAAAACCUGAAGAUACACUACAGAGUCCACACAAAGGAAAAGCCGUUUGCCUGCACCUUCCCGGACUGUAAGAAAAGAUUCGCAAAUUCCUCGGAUCGAAAGAAGCACAUGAACGUGCACACGAAUGAUAUAACCUACCAAUGCAGGGCAGCGGGAUGUACGAAGAGAUAUACACACCCGAGCUCGCUUAGAAAGCACUCCAAGCAGCAUGAUGCUCGAAAUGCAGCCAAUGGCGGAAAUGCUCUUUCCUACAGUACCACGGACACCAGCGCAGAGAACAGUGACUUGACGACUGCGGAUGGUUCUAUUGCUGCGGACGGAGAAAGUGAUCAUGGCAGUUCGAUUUCAUCUGAUGAGGUACUUGCAGACCAGCACCACCACCAUCAACAACAAGAAGAACAGCAGCAGCAGCAGCAUCAACACCAACAUCAACAACAAGGUUUUGCACUUGUGACUUGCAUGGACCAGUGUCAGCCUGCACAGCCGCAACACUUACCGCUGGGAACGUCCUCAAGCAUGCUGAUUGUGAAUUCAGCAUCCACCUCAUCUUUGCCUCAGUUACCUUAUCAUUUGCACUCUGCCCAGGCUACUGCUAGUAGUGAUUUGGUCAACAGUGCACUGCCGACGCCCACACACACACAGCUAUCGCUGGUGGCUCACACACCGCAGCACCAGUCAUCAACUGUGUCUCAGACGGACAACCAUCAGGCACAGAAGCACUCUCUCCCAUCGCCGAUGCAGCUGCACCAGCAGCAUUUUGCACAGCAUUCGGCAACUGCUCAGCCAACACUAUUUCAUGCAGGACAAUUGCUGCACCCCGUACUGCCCUCGCAGGUCGCUCACUCUCUGUCAGCACGAAGACACCUACCAAAAAGGCAUUACUAAGCAAACAAACAUUACACGGCUUGAAAACACUGUUCUCAUGAGCUGGACAACUGCCUUUUCAAAAUGGCGCUGCAGCCAGCUUCGUGAAUGGAUGUGUUAACAACUGUCAAUAAGGUUUUUAAGGCACAUCAUCACUUUCAACCAAACAAUUUCGUAAUUAUUAUAGCAAUGAAAAAUAUCAAUUGUGCACUCAUAACCAUGUAUAAACAAUUAAAAUGAAACAAUUCCAGAACGUUUUCGUGUGACCAUCAUCAGUGGAACAUCGUCACAUAGUAAGAAUCACUAAAACAACCAGUUAUAUAGCUAGAGUAACAUGAAAAGAAGCGUGAGAAUGCAGCACAGCUAGCGGUUAUGCAUAACGCGUGUAGUGUGAACCUUUGCAGUGUAUCUGAGAAUGGUAGCAGUAGAUGAAUGUGGCAGCUGUGAGUGCUUUUUUUUGGUGCUUUUUUUUACGGAGUUCACAAUUUUUUUAUUAUAAUUACCUAAUUCAAUAAAGAGGUAUGAAGUGUACAGAUGCAAGUUCAAUACUCGCUUUUGUGAUAUUGAAUUAUCGUAUCAACGCUGUCCAAAGCUGAAUGUUUUUAAGGUUAUUUCAUUAUAGAUGGAGCUAGGUUAUUGCUUAUUCGGCUGUGGAACUUUGUCAAUCAGACGACUGACACAUUUGUAGAAGUUCCUUUUUCAAAUGUCUUGUCAAUUUCAUUUUCCGCAUGUUGUCUCCACUAACAUUACCCAUGAUGCUGGCCACAUGUAUAUAGCGUCAGUAGAAUUGCAGCUCAACAUCCUAAUCCGCACUGCCUUCAGUCUUGUUUCUACCCACUCACUGUCAGGAUCGGGUAUUUCCCCUCCAAUUAGUAACCAUAGUACCCGUUUCUUUUUAGUUCACUUUUUCGGCUGAUCUGCUCAUUUCGCAGAAAUGUGUCGAUACUAAUGCUGGCCUAACAGAUUCUACAACUGCUGAAGAAAGUCUUGUCUUAUGCGCUGAGUCUUCAAACACUUAUAAUUAUCGUAUCUGUUUUCAA